AUGUGUUCCCUCUCAGUCCUCAACUUGUUGCUGUACUUGCUGUUCACUGUGAAAAGGGUCUGUCCUUUUCAGGACACCAUCAGGCACCUGAACACAGAGUUUGCUCGAAACCUUUACCAGAAAUUGACAGUGGGCGAAGAAUACCGCAACAUCAUCAUAUCCCCAACAGGGGUCAGUAUUGCACUAGAACUGCUACAGUUGGGAGCCAAAGGAAACACCUUCAUGCAGCUGGAAAAUGCAUUAGGAUACACUGUUCACGACUCACGGGUACGACAUUUCUUGCGGAGUAUGUAUGGGGACCUGGCAAACUCCACUCUCACUCCCACAGUUCGUUUGGCCUGUGGCCUCUUUGUGGAGGCCAACAUGCAGCUUUCUUCACAUUUCUCAGAGGACACAGCUGCCUGGCUAAAUGGAAGCCUACAACGAGUGAAUCUCAGCAAUCCGAAUGAAACUGCAAUGCUGAUAGACGAGUGGGUCACCACUAAGAGUCAAGGUGAAAUUAAAGAUUUCAUGCCACAGCCCAUGGCAUGUGCAUCACUUACACAGAUUGCUGUGAUUAGCACCAUAUAUUUUAAAAGCACAUGGGAGAACCAAUUUUCAACCUCGGAGACCCAACACCUCUCGUUUACCAGGGCGGAUGGCUCUGUCGUUAAAGUGCCCAUGAUGUAUCAAAUGUCAGCAGUAAACUAUGGCCAGGUCAAGACUAGAAGUAAUCAGAGGUUUAAAGCGAUUGAACUCGGCUACCUGGAACAUGCAGUGAGCAUGCUCAUCGUCAUUCCCAGUGAAAGAGAAAAGCCCAUCUCCUCUGUAGAGUCACACAUCACAGCUCACACCCUUUCAGCAUGGACCAACAGCAUGCGAAGAAUGAAAAUGGAAGUUUUCUUACCUAAGUUUAAAGUUCAAAGUAAAUUCAACCUUAAGACAGUGCUGACCACUCUGGGAAUCACUGACCUUUUCAAUCCCAGCAAAGCAGACUUCAGUGGAAUUUCUGAGCAGGAAAAGCUGUUUGUUUCUGAAGCUAUCCAUGAAGCAAAAAUAGAAGUAACAGAGGAUGGCACCGAAGCAGCAGCUGCUACAGCUGUGGUUUUACUGAAAAGGUCUCGAGCCCUGGCUUUUAAGGCUGACAGGCCAUUUUUCUUUCUCCUACGGCACAUCACAGGAAGAAUUCUUUUCAUGGGCCGAGUAAUGGAUCCUCUUGAGUAAACACAUCUCCAAGUGUUUUACUACCCGUCCUGUUUUGAAUUUAAAAAUAAGACUUCUGCUCUUGGAGAAAUUUAUAGACCUCAAGUAAAUAUCUUGUCAAUUUGAACAGCAAACAAUAAUCUACCUUGGAGUGAUUAUAUAUUCACGAUGCAGAAUUUUUGUUAGAGAUGAAU